AUGGCUAUUCAAGAGAAAGCAGUGUAUGUGCAUUGUAAUUCGCAUAUUCUUAAUCGUUGUAUUGCAUCAUCUUGUAAAGAACAGUUCGUACGAAAUAUGAUGGAUGCAGUUCGUGUGACGUCCGAGUUCUUUCGAUUUUCCCCAAAACGUUUUGAUUUGCUAAAGAAGAUAAUUAAGAAAGAACUGCCCAACUGCCGUCACAAAGUUAUUAUCGACGUUUGUAAGACCAGGUGGGUGGCAAGGAUUGACGGUUUAUUAAAUUUUAUCGAAGCUUUCCCGGCUAUUGUUCAAUGUUUAGACGAAAUCAAGGAUAAUGUUGACGGGCACUGGAAUGACGGAUCAACUGAAAAGCUAACGAUAACCAGACCACUUACUGUUCAGUUACAAGAUUCUAGUCUAGAUGCAAAUGCAGCUCGUGAAAAGGUUUCUCUUUUGUUCGUUAUGUUGGAGAGGUUCCGAUCUGAUAUUGAAAGAAAGCAUGAAACGUGGUUCAAGAAUGCUGCUGACCUUGCUGAAGCUGUUGGUACUCUUCCUUCUAAGCCACGAACAACUCGUUUACAGAGUCACAGACCCAAUACUUCAGCAGAGUCCAUUUUGGAGUAUUAUCGUAGGGUUGUGUCCAUUCCUUUCCUGGAUCAUCUUAUUUCGGAAAUUAAAAAGCGCUUUUCUGAAAGAAACUUAAACAUUUUGGAUGCCACAUAUGGAAUGCCAAAAAAUGUUUUGUCGAAUCCAGAGGGAUGGAAAGAAAGAUUUUCUCAGUUUCUUAACAAAUAUAAAGACGACCUGCCCCAGCCUCGUCUUCUUCCCACCGAGCUUGAAAUGUGGUUUGAAAAAUGUCGUUUAUCUAAAGAUAGCUUGCCGUCUAACCUCGGCGAUGUGACGAGGCACUUUUUUUAA